AAAGUGAAACACGGUGUACGCAGCAUCCUGCUGUGGCGAUGGACAAGUGGAUGGACACCGUCGCCGCGAAUCUCAAGUCUCGAGUACUUAGCCAGUUGAUGUAGAACGAAGAACUGUUAUGUGUCUCGAAAUUAUGUCAGUUCGAUUCGAAAUAAACGGGUUUAAACGGUUACGAAUUGAUGUGAUGUUUUUAUUGUAAAAACCCUUUUUUAUUUUUGUGUUUUAUCUUCAAAUUGCAUAGUACAAUGAUUCCACCAGAAAGAUGGAAGUUAAUUGUAACAGUUAUUGCUUUUUGCGUCGUGGAGAUAUCCUCAAAUGAACGUGAAGGAAAAUUGCUCGACGACGGUUGGAAACCGAUUAUUGGUCACGGAAGAAUACGAGAGUCUCACUUUUCCAAGGAAAAUCCGUUUCGGGUUGAGGAAAAUUUAAAAAUUAAAGAAAGUUUUAACCGGCUUAAAGAAGAACAAGAACCAACUGAAAUCACGCCUAAGCUUUCAAGUAGUACUCCUCAUUCAAGUCAUCCUAAUGGGCAAUAUCACUUAAGUAAAGUGCCCUCUUCUCAUGGGAAGCAUCAUCAACUUCAUUAUUUGACAAACCAAUUUAUCCAACCAAAACCAGUUCUAACACAUCGAAGUCAAAAUAAAAUCGUAAAAUAUCCAGUUUUGGGAAAAACUCAUGUUUCUUCUAGUAAAAGAACCAAACCGCAAAGAGGCCCGCAAGGAGCUUAUAGCCAAAGAGAUGAAGUUAUUGCAGCAGCACCUUCAAAUACGCUAAAUAAUUACGCUUAUUACACUCAUAAUAAUCCAUCAAGACUUAAUCAACACUCAUCUUUAGAAUAUCAAAAUCACUUUGGUAACGAUUUAUAUCAUUUUCAACGACUUCCCGUGCAGCAAUACGUUUUACCAAAACAACCUACAAACGAAGGAUACACUUUCCAAGCUCAAAAUGAUGAGUACACCAGAAAUUUAGUUCCCCCACCACCGUCCAAAGAAUUUCUAGAACAAGAAAAACAACAAAAAACUAAAGUUUUCGGUGCAAAACAAAAAGAAACAAUUACGGAAGCUCCAAAAGUGACAAAAUCGCAAUCUUCAAACGAGAUAAUUCUACAAAUACCUUCGCCUUAUCAACAACAACAAAACUUACAUAAUCAGUUUUAUUUGGUAAAUCAAAACGAACAAGCUAUUGAUGUUCAAGUUACGAAAGAAAAUGUUAAAGAAAUUCAUAAUUCAAUUCCGAUUGGUUUCCAAAAUUACCAAUUUAUUCAAAAACCAAGUAGUCAAUCGCCAAAUUUGGCUACUUAUGAGGUUACUGAGUCAAAAAAUUGGUUAGAUACCCCAUCGUAUGAUCAAUUUCAGCUUCAACAUCAACAAGUUUUAAAUAACGAACGAAGAAAACCGAUUAAACAAGAAAUCUUUUUGCCAACACCACUAAAACCCAUUCCUACUUUACCAACGCAAAACGAAGUUUCAACAAUUUUUACUGAACUAUCACAAAAAGUUAAACAAAAACCGGACAGUUUUUUCAACGUUAAAGAAGUUUCAACACAUUAUCCUAUUUUGGGAAAACCAAUUAUGAAUCAUUUCGAAUUUUCUUUAAGCAGUAAUGACCAAGAAAAUGAGAUUACAACUACACCUAAACCAAGAGGGAAUAAAUAUCGUAUUGAAGAACCGGAAAUUACCACAGAACCAUUUACGACAACAACAACUACUUCGGCGCCUUCAACAGAAACGCAAGAAUAUCAAAUUAAAAGGAGGCCACACCCUAAUAGAAGAAGAAAACCGAUUCGAACGCAAGCUAAGGAAAAUGAAGAUGAAGAGGUUCAAAUUCGACCAAUUAGACGAAGACCGGUACAAAGAGUUAAUUAUAAUAAUAAUAAUCAACAAAUUAUUAUUAAUCAAAAUGAAUCUAAUUCGCAAACCAAUGAGAAAAAUGAAAAAAGAGUUAGAUAUCGUCAAAGAUAUCGUCCGCCAGUUAAUCAAGAAAUAACGAUUGAAGAACAGUUUACAAAACCUACGGAAGGGGCCCAAAGAAAACCCACUCUCGCUAAUAAAGAAACGAAAGAAGAAAUAAAAAUUACUGAAGAUAACAGCAGAGAAGAAACAAUGGAAAUGACCGAACAACAAAUUUAUACUAGUGAAGAGGUGACGAAAAAUGACGAAAAUGAUUUCACCGUUGAAAAUAACAAACAAGAAGAUGAAAGUAACGAAGAAAAACACGAACCAAAAGAUGAAAUUACAAUACAGGAAAUAUAUCAUUACCAAGCCGAAAAAGAAGAAACGACAUUAGCUACAACAACUACUACAACGACAACGACAACAACAUCAACAACUACUACACCGGAACCACCAACUCUUAAACCAAAAUUAAGAAGAAGACCAAUUCAAUACAACCCUAUAAGACCAAGUUUUAGUCUUAAAGAUAAUAAAAACAGAUUCCUAUCAACGACUACGACGACGACAACUGAAACGCCAAAACCAACAGAAACAUCAAGAACAAGGUUAUUGUACCGUACAAGACGACCAUACUUAACCAAACCUGUUGAAAUUAAAGAAGAAACACUUCCUCCGGUACAAGAAAUAACUGAACCGGCAGUACAAAGAAAAAAAUUUAUACCGAAAGAUCCGCGACAUGGUACGAAUGAUGAAGAAAUACGAAAACGACCGUUAGGAAGAUUUCGAUCGACUACUCAAGCACCUCCGCAACAAAAAGUUUCAAUAAAACCAAACAUUUUUAAUAAUUUAAGAAGACCGAUUCAUUCAUCUUUAAGGGAACGAAUUCAAAAUCGAACUAAAAUUGAAAAAACUACUUUACCACCGGAAGAAAUUACCGAAAUUGAAGAUGUAACGGAUAUAAUAACAGAACAAAAUCAAAUGAAUGAAACUCCAAAAAUUCCAUCUACAACCACAACAACAACUACUACUACUCCAAUUCCGGAUGUAACUCGCGGAAAUGACGAAAGAAAAGAAUCGGAAGGGGACGAAUAUGAGGAAAGCGAAGAUGUUGAGAUGGAUAUUAUGAAAAAUGAUGCAUUUUUGCAAUCGCAAAGGGUGUCUGAUUUGACUUCUUCGGCGCAAAAUGAUUAUAACGUACCGGGUAUUUUUAAAUCGGUUAAUUCGAAUGUAAGAAGAGUACCGAGUUAUUUUACAUUAUCAACUGAAGAUCCUAUUUUACCCAUUGAGGCGUUUUUCACUAAUAUAAAUAAAGAUAGGCAUUAAUAUAUUAAAAAUUAAGAUGAAAUAAAUUUUAAUUAAAAAAAUCUCAAAAAGACGUUUUAGCUUCGUAUUUUAGCUCUCUAACACCAAAAUUAUAAUGUAAAUAUGUUUAAAUUGGUUUUUAUAUUAAGAAUAAUAAAGUGUUUAUGAUGA